GCUCGAGAAGAAGCAAGGAGGUGGGCGAAACCCUGCGCUCUGCCUCGUUCCUCCCUUUCCUCCCUAUGGACUACUACCUCUUCGACUCCCUGAACCACGAACACUCGCCGGAAUCCUCCACCGGUUCCACCGAGCCCUUUCCAUGGGCCGGCGUUGGGCUGUUCUACCCGGACGUUCCUCUCCCUUUCAACAUGGAUGACUCCGAGGAGAUGCUGCUGCUCGGAAUGCUCGCGGAGGCCUCCGGAAAGGCGUCGUCCUCGUCGGAGGCCUGCGACCGGAGCGUGAUCCGGGCCAAGGAAGAAGAGGUGGAUUCGCGGAGCAAGGCGGCGGAUGAGCCGAAGGAGAAGUCGUACCGGGGGGUGCGGAAGCGGCCGUGGGGGAAGUUCGCGGCGGAGAUCAGGGACUCGACGCGGCACGGGAUACGGGUGUGGCUGGGGACGUUCGACAGCGCGGAGGCCGCCGCCCUGGCGUACGACCAGGCCGCCUUCUCGAUGAGGGGGUCGAUGGCGGUGCUCAAUUUCCCGGUGGAGCGGGUGCGGGAGUCGUUGAACGGCAUCAAGUGCUGGAAGGAGGAGGAGAAGGUGUCGCCGGCGGUGGCGCUGAAGAGGAGGCACUCCAUGAGGAGGAAGUGGAUGAACAAGAAAGCAAAGGAGAGUGAGACGAGCAGCAGCAGCAGCAGCAGCGUGGAGAGCGUGCUGGAGCUGGAGGACUUGGGAACAGAGUAUUUGGAGGAGCUUCUGAGAACAUCAGAAGUAGCCAACACUUGCUGACUUCUUCCAAUCCUUCUCCACCGCCAGUCUCCCCUGUUCCUCCUUUUUUCCUAAGGGAAACCCCUCACUUGUUCCUUGUAUUCCUUUCUUGGUUUGUUCUUUCAGUUGUCCAAGUCAGGAUGAUCUUUUUUACUUGGCUGUGCUUGGCAUGUGCCAUACCAAGAUAUCUCGAUAUCUUAUUUCCCUGCUGCAAAUCAAUAUAGCUUUUGAUCCUGUAAAA